GUUCGUCGAAUGGCUUUUAUUUUUAAAGACAGGACCAAAAACCGGAAGUAUGAUUUGCGAUAGUCGAAAUAUUCGCUGUCCUGAGAAGGUGCGCAGAUUGUUUUGGCGGAAAAUAUGUGUGAAAUAGAGGAACUGAAGACCUUUGUCUCCGAACGGCUGCACACUGCUAUAUCUGAAAUAUUAGUUGCUAUUACAAAAACAGUAAAGAGUUACAAGAACGAUGUUUCCCGUCUGAAGGAAGAGAACGAGCGCCAUCGCUCCCUGUUGGACAUCAUCCUCAAAACAAAGUCACCACCGACAAAAGCAAAAACUGACACAACGAGUACUGCAGCUUUUUCUGCUGCCACAAACCCCCAUGCGUCAGACUCAAGAGUUAAACAGAAGUUUGAAGUAACUACCGUCACCUCUUCCAGUGGUUUACCAAGCGUCUUCACCACACGUGAUGAAUUUCUGAAGCUUGCAAGCAAUGGCAACUGUCCAUUCUGCCUCAAAAGAGUGCAGGGAACAGAGACACACCUGGUGAAAAGGCAUUAUCUUUCAGCUGUUCAUUUCAUUCUAGAUGGCAACGAAAGAUUUGUCAUACCAUGUAUGUGCAAAGAGAAGAUCCAGGAUAGAAGUCACUGGCACUGCCCAUUGUGCAAAAAGAUCAUUUAUCGGAGAUGCAACUUUGACACCCAUCUGUCAAAACAACAUAAAAUAGCUUUAGUUCAGCAAAGCCAAGAGAAAAAACAGCCCCCCAUCUCUGUCUUAAAAGCAGAAAUCCCUCUGCUUCCUGAACGUUUGGUUCAGGAGGAAAUCAGCAGCCUGGAACGGCAGGAAAAUCAGACUUCACUGCUUCUUCCAGCUAAAAUUGUUGCACAGCAAGAGACGCAGCUACAGGUGCAGUAUGACCAGCAAGGCCUGAUACAAAAUAGUAAUGGUCAAAUGAGAGAACAAAGUCUCAGACUAAAUCAAAACCAAGACUAUGGAUUAAACAUAAUCUGUUUAGACACUUGCAUCCAAGACAUAAGUGACAUCUGCAUCAGAAAUCCUCUGCCUAAUUUUUCAACUCAGGCUGUGGGUAAUAAGCCUGAUACUGGGGCUUCAGAAAUGUUGGAUCCAGCUAAAGGAAACCACCACACUGCUGGAAGCAGUACUUCUGAAGAGACUGGAAGCUGCAGCAAAAGUGAGGAAUCGGACACAACCAAAAUGACUUCAAGUUUAAAUCGGCUCGACCCAAAGAAGAAAGAAGCAGUUAAAAGAUCUUUACCCUCAAAGUAUUUAUAUGCAAAGAAAGCAAGACAGUCACCUGCUGGCCAGAAUACGUCAGGCUCUUUUCGCUGCAAAGCAUGUGGUAAGAAUUUUUAUUACAUGUGCACACUGAGGACACACGUACGUACACAUGCGCAUGAUAAAACCUGUAUUUGUGGGAUUUGUGGAAAACGUUUGGGGUGUAGAGAGAGUUUGGUUCAGCAUGUACAGAGUCACAACAAAAGGAACAUAUGUGGGGACAUGUGGUAAAGAAUUCUCUAGCGACUCGUGUUUGAAACAGUAUAAGAGAUUUCAUCUACCAAAAGGACUAAAAGGGUGAAACUGUCGUAAUGAUAAUCUCACUCACGAUGAUAAACAUACUGAUUGGAAGACAGAACAGUGGUUGUCAAACCCCACUAGGGGGCGCCAAAUGGCAUCAUACAGAGCACUAGUAGUUAUUAGAAUCAUUGAACCUAGUGACUGAAUCAUCAAAAUCUGCUUUACAACAGUAUUUUAAAUCAUAUACUGUCAGUCAAUAUUACAGUUAAGUUGUAUCUUUUCAAGUCUUUAUGGUUUGAGAUUAAGUUGUCAGUACUGUAAAUAUUUUAUACAGUGACAAAAGCAGAGGGGCAGGGGUCACAACUUUUUGAUCCUUGCAUUAAGGGGAGGAGUGGUGCCACAUUACUAGAAGUACUAAUGAGAAACAGUUGUGUGUGCUGUUGUUUAAUAUUUUGUUAACAGUUACUGAUUCUUGCACGCUAUGUAUAUUUUUAGUAUAUUUAUUUUUACAGUUUUUGUAGAUCCAGUAAACCUUUAAGCUACAUUUCUUUUAUAGUUAAAAUCAUCUAUAAUGAGGAGUAUUCGGGGCAGUACAGUCAUGCAGUUUGACUCGCAUAUGUCAAAUCUGUGAACAUCUUUCAAGUCAGAUUCUGAAACUAUAUGAAUUAUUAUUGCCUUGUAUAAUAAAGAGAUUAUGUAUUUUUCCAUACUG